AUGCGAGUCUUUCCAGUUUCUGUUGACCCCAAAGGCAAAACACUGAUUGCCGGUUUUAGUGAUGGCCUCAUCCGACUGAUCCUUUUCUCGGAGAAUCCAGAGUCCGACCCCACGCGGAAGGCGAAACAGCCCGCUUUGCUUGCGCUGGCGCAGGCCAUCAAGCCACACUCUAAGCCAAUCAGCAGCAUGGCCUACGAUGAACAGGGAGAGCUUUUUGCCACAGCGGUAGGUUGGCACCCAAAGCCACCAAUUUUCCCUCUAUUCACCAGCCUGGAGGCUUCCGAUCAGAAUCCCGGCACUGGUACAGUGUCUGCAUUUUGUUAA